UUCACUCUGUUUCCUCCUGCCGUAUUUCUUUCAUGGAUUCACGGAAAUUGAGCAUUCCUCUAGUGGGUUUGCACCGAAACUUCGAUCUCUCUUUUCCCAAUCUGCAUAUGCCCCCAUCAAGGCUAAAAAUUACAUGUGGGUUGAGAAAGAUUGGACCAAGAAAACCAAUGUGGAGGUCAAGGGUGUUGUCCCCGGAAGCCAUACAAGCUGUCCAAUCUUUGAAAUUAGCAAAAUGUCGAGACAAAUUAGCAGAGGUCUUUGCCAAUAGAAUCAGCGGACUCAUGAAGGCUGACUUGUUGGAUAUUUUAUCCGAGCUGCAAAGGCAAAACGAAGUAGAAUUAGCCCUUCAGCCAAAGUGAAGGUUACUCAACGUUGUUUGAAGAUAUGUAGCAUCUUUCAACCAUGUCGUCCUUUGUGCUAGCUUGAAUUUCACAAUCCUCGGAGCUGGAUGAAGCUUGUCACCAUAGCCAGCUACCUUGAGAUAGUUGCUGCCAGCUUAUUGGCAUAUGAGCUGGCAAUUCUCACCUUGACUGGAAUGUAAGGUGAAUUAGUCAAUUCAAUUUAAGCAAUGAUCAUUUUAAAAAAUUCUACCCUGUAUUAGAUCCUUGCACGAUGAUAGUUUAGGCUUGUAAUCACUAAUUAUGACUUCAUUAAGCAAUUUUGGCAAUUUUGAACUCACUAGGCUGACUAGGUGCCUUGUACGGUCAUUGCUGUUGGAUUAAUGCAAAUAUCAUUUUACAAUAUGAACUCUUUUAGCUACUGAAAAAUUCCCUAAGUUGUAGCAUCAACUCUUGAAAGAUGCUGCAUGUGCCUUAUAAUGUAAUGUAAAUCUCCCAAAAUUUGCAACA